UAAUAUUCCGCUUAGUCACUUUCGAGGAGUCUGUUAACUUUCAGCAGUGUCGAGCCUCGGCGUCUUUCUCCUCCUAAAGAAAAGAGAGUUUGCGUUUCUUCUGCGGGUUACUGUCUCCCUUCACCUCCAGCCCAACACACUCGCAUACCAAGCACAGCUUCCAAAUGGAAGAAGCAGACAAAGUUUCAUCAUCCAGAGCACCUGACGAGGCUCCGCACGAUAUUGCGAUCAUGAAUGAAGCCGGUCAGACACGGGACGCGGAGGAGGAGAGGACCGAGAAAACUAGUUCUCCACAAACAACCGAGAAAACUAGUUAUCCACAAACAACUGAGGUAACUAGUGCUUCACAAACAACUGAGGUAACUAGUUCUCCACAAAUUAAUGAAGAAACGAAUUCUCCACAGCCAGCAGAAGUGAUCGUUACUCCAGAGAUGGCGGAGGAAAGCGUUACUCCUGUAACGUUAAGUGAAGUUCCAGUGAAGCAGACGAGCACAGAGGCAGAAGUAACGUCUACUUCACAUACAUAUCCAGUGAUUACUGAAGCUGCCGUUACUCCUGAGACAGCGGAGGAAAGCGUUACUCCACCUGUAACUGAAGCCGUUACUAACGCGGAGGAAAGCGUUACUCCACAUGUAACUGAAGCCGUUACUAACGCGGAGGAAAGCGUUACUCCGCAUGUAACUGAAGCCGUUACUAACGCGGAGGAAAGCGUUACUCCGCCUGUAUCUGAAGCCGUUAAUAACGCGGAGGAAAGCGUUACUCCACAUGUAACUGAAGCCGUUACUAACGCGGAGGAAAGCGUUACUCCACCUGUAACCGAAGUAACAUCAGAAGUAACAUCAUCUCAGCAGACAGUGAUGAGAGAGGAGCGCGUGACUCCGGUGAAGUCCGCGGAAAGUCCCGCACCGGAGAUCAGCAGCUCGUGUUCGGCUCACACACACUCUCUCUCAUCCGAAGCCCGUGAGGAGGAGGAGAAGGAGAAACACCCGCACACUCUUCAUCCAUUAUCAUCAUCCAAUGAUCCCGAACCUCCUUCUGCUCCUGGCGUCGCUCCUGCGCUCUUUCAGCCUCAGUUUCCAUCAGACUGCUGGGAUUCUCCAUCCGUAGCUUCACAGGCCUCUGAGCUAACUAUGGAUUCAUUGGGACACAAGGACUCGGCAGGAUUCGACCAGGAUGUGCUAAGCCAGUCAGAUGACGACUUCAUGUUUGAAACGAAGAAGAGUCCCUUUCAGGCGUUUUCCCCUCUAAACGACAGUCUCGGGGAAACGCCGGCCGAUAGUCCGUCUCCAGACCUGGUCCAAGAUGCGUAUGAUGGAGAAGAAGCUCACGCGCAGUCAGAGUCAAGAGAAACCAAACAAGAGCUUUCCCUUUCGUAUGCUUCUGAUGUCAACACGGCGUCCGAUGACCGGCCGAUGUCUCUCCCAGAUAUUUUGAAAUCUUCUCCUAUGAACCCUGAAAAAGUGGACUCUGGCUCUUCAGAAGGAAGCCCUGAGUUCAGCCCGGCUCAUAGAAGAGGGAACGAUCCCCCCAAAUCCCCGUUCUCGGCGUCUGCUAACAGUCUGGACUCCAAGAUCUUGCUUCUGAAGGAGAUGGCCGAGGUCACGGAGGCGAGAGCGGCCGCAGAGAAGGCCAAGCUGGGAAAACACAACAACUCAGAGCAGAGUUUUGUAGCUUUCGAUCUCGUGAAAGAGACGGACGUGCCUCAAAAAACGGACAGUCUUUUGAAGGACAAGGUUGAGGUGUUAAGCCAGACUUCUGUUCAAAUGGCGCACAAAUUUGAUUGUCUGAACUUCCCAUUGGGAAAGGCUCAGGAACAGUGGGAUUCUGAGAGCCCUUCUGCGGACUCCUUCUCCCCGGUGUUGGACGCAGUGACCCCGAAACCCUCGAGCUUCUCCGCGGAGCAGGAGCGCCGAGACGAGGCGUCCGAGCCCGAGCCGUCCUCUGAAGAGUUCGAGUUUAUCGAGAGGCCGACACGAGGAGCUGCCGAGGACUUUCUGGAGAUGCAGGAUAGCCUGAUGUUCAUGAAACCGGCAUCAGAAGUGUUGCUGGAUGAAGACAGAUCUCCUGAACUGGAAUCUGUAGCCGAAGAGGAAGAUCAGAUCUCCUACCAUCUUCCCACCCCGGCGUCAGACAAAUCCUCUGCUGGGAGAGGAAAGGCAGGCCUGGAAUCUGAUAUACAAGAACUUUCCCCAACUCCAGUAACCCGUCCUCCAGGGGAUAAACCUGGAUCCGGGAAGAGGGAAGCUGAAGCUGAAGGAAUCCCGAUGUCAGAUCCGAGCGCGGCGGCAGUGCUGCAGCUGCUGCGCUGGCGGGACGUGCGCUCGAGCGCGCUGGUCUUCGGCUCCAGCCUCUUCAUCCUCCUCUCCCUCACCUGCUACAGCAUCAUCAGUAUUCUCUCCUACUCCGCUCUCGCUCUGCUCUCCGGCACCGUCUCCUUCAGGGUGUACAGGGGAGUCCUGCAGGCCGUCCAGAAGUCUGAGGAAGGACACCCGUUCAGAUGUGUCCUGGAGAAGGACUUGGCUCUGUCCAGUGAGGCAGUGCAGAGGCACAGUGAUGUUGUUCUGAGUCGGAUCAACGGAGCGCUGAAGGAGCUGCGCCGCCUUUUUCUGGUGGAGGAUCUCGUCGACUCUCUCAAGUUUGGCGGGUUGUUGUGGGUCUUCACGUAUGUUGGUUCCUGGUUUAACGGACUCACGCUUCUCAUUCUGGGUCUGAUUGGAGCUUUCAGCGGCCCGAUAACCUACGAGAAGCAUCAGGCUCAGAUCGAUCAGUUCAUCUCUUCGGUCCACAGUCAGAUGAAGGGUGUGUUGGGGAAGAUUCAAGCCAAGGUUCCCGGAGCCAAGAAGAAGCCGGAGUGACAGAUCUGCUCCACACACACACACACACACACACACACACACACACACCUCUCUGUCUGUCUUCACCUCUGUUUGAUCACAUGACUGCGACAUCAUCGAGUGGCUCUGAUGUGAAUAA